AUGUACACCAAAUCUAUCCUGAUGAGCAGCUUGCUCCUCGCCGCUUGCUCCAUGGCCCAAGACACCACAACUGGGUCCAGCAGCCAGAUGACCGGGCCCGAUGGCAGCAUGGUCAGCGUCCAAGUCGUCCAAGUCAGCAACAUGAACGCCUCUCUUAAGUUCUAUCCAGAAGAGAUCAGAGCAGAGGCUGGCUCAAUGGUCCAGUUUCAGUUCUACCCAAGGAACCACACCGUCACCCAAUCCACCUUCGACAGGCCCUGCGAACCAAUCAACAAUAUCAUGCCCAAUGUAACCGGCAUCAACUCCGGUCCCAUGCCCCCUGUGAACAACAUGAUGAAAGUCUUCACCAUCAUGAUUAACGACACCAGGCCCCUCUGGAUGUACUGCGCCACCGGGGAUCACUGCGAAAAGGGCAUGGUCAUGGUCAUUAACGCCCCUCAGGGAGGAGAGAGGACGCUGCAGUCGUAUAAGGCAUUGGCGGCUAGAGUUUCAGAGAACGGGACUACGACGUCCACGGGUUCGGCGAACGGCACCGUACCGGGUGGUACAACUGAGCCGUCUACUGGAAGUGCCAGCUCGGUUGUUGACUCUAUGGUUGGCGCUACAGGAGUUGCGGCGGCGCUGUUUGCUGGCUUUGCGUUGUUACUAUAG